AUGCGGUCUCCAACUAAACCAAAAGAGGUGCAAAGGUUGACAGGAUGCGUCGCCGCCCUAAACAGAUUUAUAUCAAAAGCGAUAGACAAGUGCGUCCCCUUCUUCGAUGCUUUGAAAGGGAGUAGGCGUUUUGAGUGGACACCGCAAUGUGAAGAGGCCUUCCAGAAAUUGAAGGAGCAUUUGGGCAAGCCCUCAAUCCUGUCAAAGCCCAACCCCGAUGAGGAGCUUAGCCUAUACCUCUCCGUGUCCCAACACGCCGUAAGCUCCGUGCUAAUAAGAGAAGAAGAAAGGGUACAGUUGCCAAUUUACUAUGUGAGCAAAAGACUCCUCAACGCUGAGUCAAGAUAUAUCGAAAUGGAACGCUUGGCCCUUGCCCUGAUGCUCUACGUGGAUGGAGCGUUGAACGAUAACGGGUCAGGAGCCGGCGUCUUGUUGAUCAGCCCAGAAGGCCACAAGAUUACCUCGGUGGUUCGAUUCAAAUUGAAGGCAUCGAAUAAUGAGGCGGAAUACGAGGCGCUAAUUGCGGGGUUGCGAUUGGCCUGUCACUUAAAGAUCGAGAGGCUCAGCAUCUUCAGCGACUCUCAAUUGGUCAUCGGACAAGUGAAAGAAGAAUACCAAGUGCACGGUGAGAAAAUGGGUGCGUACUUAAGAAAGAUAACACGAGCCGAAAACACAAACGCCGAUGCUCUAGCAAAGCUAGCAUCUUCAAAAGAUUUCGACGCACUAGGGGUCGUUCCUAUUGAAGAAUUGGAACGGCCGACCAUUGAGGAAAUAAAUAAGGCACUAAUAAUCCAAACAGGUGAAAAUUGGAUGACGCCACUCAUCCAAUACCUAAUGGAUGCACAAUUGCCAAACAAUAAAGAUGAAGCCAGACGGAUCAGGUAUAGAGCUGCCAGAUACUUAUUGUACGACGGUUUGCUUUACCGACGAGGCUAUUCAACACCUCUACAGCGGUGCCUGGAUGAUGACGAAGGCCAGAUGUCUUUAGCUCUUAAGGUUUUGAGGCAAGGAUACUACUGGCCCACGCUAAAAAAGGAUGCUUUCCAAUACGCUCGACGUUGUGAUAAGUGCCAAAGAUGGGGGGUUGACCUAAUUGGGCCAUUACACCUUGCACUUGGAGGCUUUAAAUUUGCCAUCGUCGUAGUAGACUACUAUACAAAGUGGGCAAAGGCAAAGGCUCUGACUACAACCAUGGAAGCAGCCUGCACCAACUUCAUGUGGAGUAACAUUGUGUGCAGGUUCGGGGUUCCCCACUCAAUAGUAUCCGACAACUGGAAACAGUUCGACAAUGCCUCAACACGCAGAUUCUACGACAGCCUGGGCAUUCAAAAAGACUUCUCGGUGCUGAUCCAUCCACAAUCUAAUGGGCAAGUUGAGGCAGUCAAUAAAAUAUUGAAGUAUACCCUAAAAAAGAAACUCAACGAUCUAAAAGGGAAAUGGGCCGAGGAACUCCCCAAGGUCUUAUGGGCAUACAGAAUGACAAGCCGAACUACUAUGGGUGAAACACCCUUCUCCAUGGCGUAUGGCGUCGAGGCCGUACUCCCUGUAAAAAUUGAAAUGCCAACCUCUAAGAACUGUCAUCCACAACGACGAUGA